UCGACCAAGUAUUUUAAAUGUAAACCGAAACUAGGGAUAGUCUCUGAGUAAAACGUUUAGUUAAUAUGUUGAUGACAGUUUGACGAUCCACUACUGUUAAUCUACAGUGAUACCCUUAUGUUAAUAUGCCACAGUCGCUGAAUUUUUGUGUUUGCAUGGGAAUGGUAGUGCCCGUUCUGUUGUGUCUUUAUUGGUUGAAUUCACGGUCGGAGAACCAGAUUAGUGAAAUACGUGCUUUGCUUUCUGAGGUACAAGAAAAAAUUGAAAAGACUGACAUUAAAUACAAUGAAUUAUUUCACCAAAUGAACAAAGGUGAAGAAAACCAACAGCAAGAAAGACCUUCUACUCUAUCUGGCGUAAAAGAUCAAGAUCACGAUAAACGCACGGAAAUUAAAAUUGAUGACUUCAAAACCAAUAAAAAACAAGGUUACAACUUAGACCAGGAAGGAGGAAAUGAUGUGCAAAAGACACACGUUUCUCGGUGUGGUGUAAAAGAUGAAGAAGAAAAGGUGGACACGGAGUUCAAUAAACCCAAUACAAAUACCGAACAAUUUCACGGUUUAGACAAGGAAAGAGAAGCUGAGGACGAAGACAAGACCGUCACAUGGUGGUCCUGGGUAAAGAACUUAAUGAUUCAAUUUUAUGGUGUGUUGACGGUUUUAAAUAAUCUAGGCAUUGGAGUGGUUUUACUAGUUAUUUUAUGCGACAAUAUGAAACGAAAAUGAAGUAGUUGGGCAUAAUAAAGAGAAAGAAUCACCAAGACAAGAGUUCGACUUAUUGAAGACUUCCACUAGUAUAAUUCGCGUUGCAAUACAACUAAAUGUUACUAAAUGUACAUAUUACAAAAAUUCAUUGUAGAAUGUUUUGCCACAAGUCGAUGGUUGUCAGUUUCAAUAAAUCAAAGAAUGAUAACGUGCAUUAAUGCUUCUGUAUUGGAACUGGCUGAAACUUUGGAAAGCCGUUUUGUUUUCCCGGUAAAGGUCAAACUGGCGGUUGUUUUCAGCACGCUCACCCGUAAGUUGAUUUCUCUCAUUGUAUUUACUAUUUCUUUUUAUCAAUUAAAAAUAAAUUUUAAACGAAGAGCAGACGUUGUUCUGACAUUUUGAUAUUCCGAGCACUAUUUACUUUUACUUUGAUCUAACAAAACU